AUGAAAGACUGCAAAAGUCAUACCGUUUGCUGCUGGAUAGGAUUAUUUCCAAUAAUAUUGACAGCUGAUCCAGAUAUUGCUUCAAGCGUUUUGCGCUCUAAAGAACUGCUUAACAAAGCAAAAACAAUGUAUUAUCCACUAGAUCUUACAUUUAAAAAUGGAUUAGCUGCAAUUCCAGCAACUCAAUGGGUCCAUAAUCGGAAGAUGAUUGAUCCGUCGUUUACAAAUAAGGUACUUGUAAGUUUCUUUCCAAUAUUUAAUAAAGCCAAGGAUGAUCUGAUAGAAAGGUACAGCGUUCUCGUGGAUAAUAAGGAGCACAACAUUUUAAAGUCGUUACAAACAUUGAGUUUAGGCAUAACCGUAGGUAAAAAGGUGUUAACUGGUUUAAUUCAAGCUAAGCUAAAAAGAGAUAUAAAUACAAGCAAUAACAACUCAAAUACGGAGACAAGUGAUCUUAACAACAUAGCCUCAAAUUCUACAGUACCGUCAAUACGGAAAGAACCAAAAAUAUUUAUUGAUCAAGCUAUAAAAUUAUACCAAAAUCAACAGUAUACAUGGGAUCACAUUAUAAGUGAAUCUAAUACAAUUGUUACAACGUCAUUCGAGACCUCUGCUAAUGCCGUCUACUCUACUCUUGUCAUGUUGGCAAUGCAUCCAGAGGAACAACAGCGAUUAUUUGAAGAAAUUUUAGAUGUGUUCCCAGAGAAAGACUUUUAUGUUGACUUUGAUCAAUUAAACCAACUGCCAUAUUUGGACCUCGUAAUAAAUGAAACGCUUCGCUUAGCUCCUUCAGUUCCCGUAAUAGGACGUCAUGUUAUGAAAGAUACGCAAAUCGGUGAACAUAAUUUUCCCAAAGAUAUUCAGAUUAUAAUUUCAAUAUUUCAUCUUCAUCGGAGGACUGAUAUUUGGGGUCCAAAUGCAGAUAAAUUUGAUCCAGAACGUUUUUCAGUAGAAAAUUUUGGAGAAAAGCAAAAGAAUGCGUUCAUUCCCUUCUCAAAAGGAGUUAGAAAUUGUAUUGGUAAGCCGUGA